GAACACGUGCGUCUUACUUCCACCCACAAUCCACAUACGCAAGCAGCGCCACGUGAGUGAGGAUCAGAUCGUUUUCGGCAGGCUGAUGCGAGAGGCACGAAAAUAAUAAGAGAGACCGCAUCAGUCGCGAUCUGUCAGCUGUUCGAACUGUCAUAUCCGGACCGUCGCGGGUGAUAAAUCAUCAAGUGGAUCCCGAUGAAUUUGGAUUUUCGUGCUAAACACGAGGACAGCAUUCCCGGAUAUACGUUUCUGUAAGAGCAGUCGGUGGGAACGAUUUAGGUCACCGCAAGCUCUGAAAAGUAAAUUUGAAGGAUGACAAAGCUCAAGCACCUGAGGCCUCUUCUGCUGAGAACCAAAGAGCACUACUGCAUCAGCAGGUCCAUGUCUAAAGCACCAGAGGAUGAUAAAGAAGGCAGUGGUAACUCCACAACUGCAGAUACUCAAGACCAGAAAUCCGUUCGACCAAUGUACGUUCCGGAAGUUCCCCUGACUCUGGAAGAACUCCAGGAACCCACAACCUGCUGCAUGUCGGGCUGUGCCAACUGUGUCUGGAUAGAGUACGCCGAGAAGCUAAGUACGAUAAUGAAGGAUAGCCCUGCUGACGUUCAAAAGCUCAUAAUGGAGAAAGUCCAAGAUGCCAACAUGCGAGCUUUCCUCUCCAUGGAGCUCAGAGUGCGCAAGAUCAUAGACUAGAGGCUCCAGUAUAUAAUCCACCAAUAAAUCGACCAGCUUCUCUCCUCUUUUUCAUCCUCGCACAGGCUCUCGAGGCAGCUGCUGACUCCGCGCACUUGUAAAUACCCAACCCAGUUUCAGAGAAGAAAAAAAGAAGAGGAAAAAUUCCUCAAGCGCGCAGGCAGUUUUAAAAAAAGAAGCGUGGUAUAUAAGAAAAAGAAGUCAUCAUCAUCAUCACGUUCAUUCUCCGCAGCUGGUACGAGGUGGCGCGCGGCGUCUCCCUAUAGCAGACGGCGGCCCUCUCUUCUGCAGAAAAGAGCGAGAGAGUGCGAGUGAAAGAGAGAGAGAGAGAGAGGAGUAGUAGGUAGUCGGUCAGUGAUAGCCGAGGCUGCAGCAGCGGCGGAAUGUGCUGUGUCGGGGCCGUGGCGCAGAAAACGUGACACGUGGAUUGGCGCGCGUGCACUUAUUUUCGCACAUCUCUCUCUCUCUCUCUCCGGCGCACUCUAUAUACCUAAAUUUCUUCUUUGUCGCGCGGAAUGCAUAUCUCUUGUAAACGACGAUUUUACGCUUGUUAGUGCUAGUGUGGCGCGUAUAUAGAAAUACGCAAGUCCGUCGGGUUACGACGUUCGUUGAAAGAAGGCGGCGAUAGUGGGGGAGAGUAUAUACGACAGAGCGCAGCCUAUAUAGUUAUUUUUAAAAUUCGUGCAAAGUGCUGCAAGUUCGAAUCGGCCAUGGGAGCGGACUAUAUUCUCUGAGAGAUCUGUGCGUGUGUUUUGUGUAUACAUGUAGCUAUAUAUAUAUGAAAUACGUUAACGGCGGAAGUGAAGAAUGAGCUGAUAGAGAUAUGAAUCGCGUUGCAUAAUGUUUCCUCGUUUGGUGCACUGACUAAUUCUCCUUUGCAUUAUACGUCCGAGAGAGAGAGAGAGAGAGAGAGAGAGAGAGAGAGAGAGAGCGAUAAGAGACGGCCGUACCAUAAUCGUCAUGGUAAUUAAUAAUGUAAGCUUUUUGUAUAAAGUGUACAUAGGAGGAGAGUACAAUAAACGAGCUGAGAUAAAGCAAACAAACAAA